GACUGGUCACACUGUUUCCCAGGUUCCAAAAACAUGUCGUGCACAACACCGCAUAUUUUGAUUAUCGAGCCGUUUUAUGGUGGCAGCCACAAACAGCUGAUAAGCACGCUGAUCGAAGGUCUUAGCUCUGAAGAUUAUGAGAUAUUCAGCCUUCCCGCCAAAAAAUGGCACUGGCGAGCACGAACAUCGGCAUUGCAUUUUUCACAGAUCAUUCCUCUCGACCACGAAUAUCGGAUAUUAUUUUGCAGUUCUGUUUUAAGCCUGGCUGAACUUAUUGGAGUCCGUCCGGAUCUUGCCAAGUGCAGGAAAAUCAUAUACUUUCACGAAAAUCAGCUAAAUUAUCCGGUUCAAGAAGUGAAAACGCGCGAUUGUCAAUACGGACUUAACGAGAUCCUUUCAUGUUUGGCCGCCGAUAUAGUAGUCUUCAAUUCCCAUUUCAAUCGCAUUUCAUUUCUGGAUAACAUUCAACCUUUUCUCAAUAUCCAGCCGGACUUUAAGAUAAAGAACAUUCGCGAAAAAAUUGAGAAGAAAUGUCAAGUCCAAUAUUUUCCAAUCAAGUUUUCAAACUUGCCCAACAACCGACGGAUUGAAAAAACGGAGAGUAUAGGUAUGAAUAAGGAUCAGGAGGUCCUGCACCUUAUAUGGCCACAUCGUUGGGAGCAUGACAAGAAUCCAAACUUAUUAGUAGAGGCCCUCUUAGAACUUAAUAAUCGUAACGUCGACUUUAAGGUGACUAUAUGUGGUGAGAACUACAAGGAAAUCCCGAAGGCCUUCGAAAAUAUACAAGAACAUUUGGGUGAUAAACUAGUAAACUUUGGUCAUCUGAAUCGGGAGGAUUACAUGGAGACGCUGAUCACCGGCGACAUUGUUAUUUCAACUGCCGACCACGAAUUUUUUGGCGUAGCCAUGCUGGAGGCAACCUUCUGCGGAUGCUAUCCCAUUGCACCCAAUAAAUUGGUGUACCCGGAAAUCUAUCCAAAGGAAAACCUGUACAACACCUCAAACUCGCUGGUCAAAAAGCUCUGCAACUUGUGCCGGAAUCCUAAGGUAUUUCGUAAACAGCGCGAUCAAUUUUUUAAGACCUUCGACUUCGACCGCUUUGCGGCACAUCAUUUGGUUCCAAAAUAUCUUGAGAUAUUGUAUAACAAUGUUAGCUGACGCUAUUGAACUGAUUCAUUUAAGUUUGCUCUUUUUUGUUAUAUUAUUCUUUAAGAAUAUUUAUAAUAAAAUGAUUUUUACACAA